CUCAAGAAAUGUAAAAACUUCUUAUAAAAAAACGCUUAAGAAAUAGUCAAGAAAAUUUCCUGCUGUAAAUUAUCUUGUGAUAGUAUGCAGCUCUAAAGAAAUCUAGUACUAGUUUUUAGUACAUUUUUUCAAUAAAAGCGUACAUGGCAAUCCUGGUUUUGCGAAGAAACAUGAAAUCAACAAUUGUUUCUUGAAGGAAAAUCAAAGUAAUCAUUUCUGAAUUUCUGAAGGAAAUUGAGCGGGAAGAAAGAAAAUGGAACUCUUAAUACCCGCAGCCAAGCGGCAAAAGAGAAUAAAAAAUUUCACAGCAAGUGAAAAACGAAAACUAAUUAAAGAAGUGGAAAAGUGGCCGCGAAUAUGGGACACAAAAAACGUUAUGCAUUCGAAUAAGAAUGCUUUGGAGCAGGCCUGGGUCCACAUAAGCAAUUCACUUGGCAAAACUGUUAGUGAGUGCAAAGUUGGAUGGAUUAGCUUACGGGAGAGCUAUCGCUAUCACGCCAAAGUGGCCCGCAAGCACAAAAGUGGUAGCGCUCGUGGAGACCCGAUUGAUUGGGAGUUUGCUGAAGAAAUGUCUUUUUUGCCAAAUGUAUCACACAAAAGAAGAACUUCCACAAGUCCAACAUUUGAAGAUUUGGAUUCAUCUUCCUCCAUAAAUAGAGCGAAUGUGGAGGAGUUAAUUAUUCCACAAUUUGAUUAUAGUCCAACACCCACCACAAGUAAUCGGACGUUAAGCGGAAGCCAAAAUGACGAGGCAUGGAGUCGAUUCAACAACAUUUUAAAGAAGCAAGAAGAUUUGGUGGCAGGAAAGAACAACUCACCAUAUGCACAAGCCCUUGGUUGUUUUGACUGGUUGUUGAAUAAGCUUCCACAGUCAGUUGCUGAUGAUAUGUGUAUGGAAUUUAACAUUAUGCUGUUACAGAAAGUAACGGAACUUAAAUCAAAAAAAUAGAAUAAGGAACAGAAAUAAAACUUUUACUAAUAUCUUUUUAUA